AUGGUCGGCAUCCUUGAAGAACAGCGCUACAUCCACGAGGACCUCGAGCGCCUCGAGCAGGGCAUCGCAGACCGCAUCGCGGACGAGCCGAAACACAUCCGCGACCGCCUCAACCGCGACCACGAGGUCUCGCAGCUGCUCGACCAGAUCCAGGCGCAGUCCGCCAAGCUGCUCGACAUCUACGCCGACGCCGGCGGCCAGCGCUCCCGCGAGAUCCAGAGCAUCGGCACCGGCGACCCGUUCGAGGAGUUCUACGCCCAGAUCAAGGACGUCCGCGAGCACCAUGCAAAGUACCCCAACGAGCAGGCCGAGAACUCGGAGCUGCGCUACCGCAUGAAGAAGGAGGGCGACGGCGAGAUGAUGCCCUACAUCAUCGACCGCAUCUUCACCGGCGAGGAGGGCUUCGGCCGCUUCUUCGACCUGCACACCUGCCACGAGAGCUACCUCAACCUGCACAACGUCAAGCGCCUGUCGUACCUGCAGUACCUCGAGGUGUUUGACAACUUCGCCCCCGGCUACGGUGGGCUGAAGCGCAGCGAGAAGCUGACGGACCAGUACUUCAAGUACGUCGGCGAGCUGGCGGGGUAUCUCGAGUCCUUCAUGCGGCGCACGCGGCCGCUCGAGAACCUGGACAAGGUCUUCCACGGCUUCGACAACGAUUUCGAGACGGCGUGGGAGAAGGACGAGGUGCAGGGCUGGCAGGACGACGCCGCUGCCGCCGCCGCGAGGGAGAAGAGCAGCGCGGAGGCGGUCUGGUGCGAGGACUGCGAGAAGGAGUUCAAGAACGAGAACGUGUACAGGUCGCAUCUCACGGGGCGGAAACACAUCAAGGCCGCCGAGACGCGGAAAGUACGGCAGGAGGAGGACGGCGGCGACGCCGCAGCAACAUCAACAAACGGCGGCGGCGUCAGGGUGUCCGCGACGAGGUUGAAGGAACGCGCCGUCGCGGAGCGCGAGUACCGCGUCAAGCGCCUCGCGGCCGCCAUGUCCACGGAGCGCGGCGACACCCGGGUCAACGUGGAGCGGAAGCAGGGCAUGACGGAGCGCGAGCGCCAGCAGGAGCUUGAGAGCUACCUCAGCCUGUCCUCGGCACCGCCCGGCGGCGGCGGCCAGGUCGCGGGGGGCGACGACGAAGAAGGCGAUGAGGACGGCGAGGACGGCGAGGAGAAGAUCUACAACCCGCUCAAGCUGCCGCUCGCGUGGGACGGCAAGCCGAUCCCGUUCUGGCUGUACCGCCUGCACGGGCUGGGCGUCGAGUUUCCCUGCGAGAUCUGCGGCAACUUCGUGUACAUGGGCCGGCGGGCGUUCGACAAGCACUUCAACGAGGCGCGGCACGUCCACGGCCUCAAGUGCCUCGGCAUCACCAACACGGCCCUGUUCCGCGACAUCACGAGCAUCGACGAGGCGACGAACCUCAACGACAAGAUCCAGCGCGAGACAAAGAAGACCAAGGUCGACGAGGGCAGCAUCGUCCAGAUGGAGGACGCGGAGGGCAACGUCAUGCCCGAGAAGGUGUAUUACGACUUGCAGAAGCAGGGUCUGCUGUAA